AUGUCUUCCACUGCACCGCAAUUGGGCUUGCGCACGCUUCCAAAGCCGAUGCUGCAGAAGCCGCAGGACUGCUUCGACCUGUGGCGAGAGUACGACACCAUCCAGCACGUGUCCGAAGAAGUCGAGAAAAAGCGGCAGAAGCAGGACAAGGCCGAGAAGUACCGUCAAGCCUUGGACUUGCAGAUGAAGCAGGCGCAAGCUCAGCGUGAGGCCGAGGACGUGGAGAAGCGGCGAGACCGGGCAAACAUGCUUGCAGAGAUGGAGCGUGCCCAGUCCGCUGCGACGGAAGAGCUCCAGAAGCAGCUGCAGAAGAAAGAGAUGCUGAAAGAGGCCACCGCGCAGCAACUGGUGCGGGCCGAGCGUCACAAGCGGAGUGCGGCGCGGCGGGCCCUCCGGGAUCAAGAAGCGAUGGAUCGCACGCUAGAGCUGGAGGAGCAGUUCCGCCAGCAGGAGCUGAUGGAGCGGCAGCGACGUAGGGCGGUGGAGUCCCAGCUCAUGAAGACUCAGUUCGAUAUGUCCCAGGCCAUGCAGGAGCGCAUGAAGCGGGAAGAGAAGGAGGAAGACAACCAAAGAGCCUUGGAGUGGAUGCGGGCGACGUCACGGCCCCAAGAUGCCGAAUUGCCCGGAGGCAUGCUCCACAAGAUACGUGAGAACCAGAAACGUGUGGACACUUUGGUUGGCACGAUCGGGGUGGCAAUGGUCGAGAGACAGCGCGCCCAGGACGGGGUCCCGCAAGGGUGCGAAGCCGGCAAAGGGCGGAGCCGGUGUAGCCGCAGCCAUUGGGCCAUGCCACGGCGCCGGUCGCCGUCGAGGUCGGACUCCAGACGACGAUCUCCUCCGCGGAAGUCGCGAAAGGAAAGCCGAAGUAGGUCGGCUCCGCGAAAGGGAGGGCGAGGAGGAGGAGGAGGUGAGGCCAAGGACGAGAAGUUGGGGCCGCCCUUGCCAGAGUGGGGCAGCAUUGGCAUCAUCCAGGAGCUGAAGGCCGCAGGGAUCGGAUUCAUUCGACCCCACAGCGGGAAGGUGGAUGACAAAGACCUCUUCUUCCACAAGUCGGCCUUGAAAAACAGCAGUUUUGAUGCCCUCCAAAUCGGCGACGAGUGCACCUACGAGGCCGUUCUCGAUGAGGCGAAAGGCAAAGCCGCUGCCAAAAACAUCGUUCUCAAGAACGGCGCCCCACCCAGGCGCGGCGGCGGCGGUGGCGGCGGUGGUGGCAGGGACGAUUCGCGCGAUCGGCGUCGAAGAUGA